AUGGUUGUAGGAAGGAAUAACACGAUUGUGACAAAAUUCAUCCUCCUGGGAUUUUCAGACCAUCCUCAAAUGAAGAUUUUCCUUUUUGUGUUAUUUCUGGGGAUUUACCUCCUGACCCUAGCCUGGAACCUGAGCCUCAUUGCCCUCAUCAGGAUGGACUCCCACUUGCACACACCCAUGUACUUCUUCCUCAGUAACCUAUCCUUCCUAGAUAUCUGCUAUGUGUCCUCCACGACUCCAAAGAUGCUCUCUGACAUCAUCACAGGGCAGAAAACCAUUUCUUUUGUCGGCUGUGCCACGCAGUACUUUGUGUUCUGUGGAAUGGGGCUGACUGAAUGCUUUCUUUUGGCAGCCAUGGCAUAUGACCGCUAUGCUGCAAUCUGCAACCCAUUGCUCUACACAGUCCUCAUAUCCCAUACACUUUGUUUAAAGAUGGUGGCUGGGGCCUAUGUGGGUGGAUUCCUCAGUUCUUUGAUUGAAACAUACUCUGUCUAUCAGCAUGAUUUCUGUGGGCCCAACAGGAUCGACCACUUCUUCUGUGACCUUCCUCCAGUUCUGGUUCUGUCCUGCUCUGAUACCUUUGCCAGCCAGGUGGUGAACUUCAUUGUGGCUGUUGUUGUUGGAAUGGUUUCUGUCCUUGUGAUCCUCAUUUCUUAUGGUUACAUUGUUGUUGCUGUCCUGAAGAUCAGCUCAGCUAAAGGUAGGACCAAAACCUUCAGCACCUGUGCCUCUCACCUGACUGCUGUGACUCUCUUCUAUGGUUCUGGUCUCUUCAUGUACAUGCGACCUCAUUCUAGCUACUCCCUAAACCGGGACAAGGUGGUGUCCAUAUUCUAUGCUCUGGUGAUCCCUGUGGUGAAUCCUAUCAUCUAUAGUCUUAGGAAUAAGGAGAUUAAAAAUGCCAUGAGGAAAGCUGUGCAAAGGAUCACGUGCAUUCUCAUGGGCCUUUGUUUUUCUGACCCUGAGCUAAUGUUUUCGAAGAAGCCAUGAGCUGAAUUAACUAUACAGAUUUUCAUGUGGUUUUGGACUAGUUGAUUUACACAAUGAUUUGUGUUGACAAGAUUUUUUUCCCCUUUCCAAUAUUUCCCCAACUAGUUUACCUAUUGGUUAUUGGAAAACAGUUUGGCCAUUAUUGGUUCCUAGAAUGAAUAGCAUUGCAUAAACCAAUAUUGUAAAUGCCCAGUUUAGCAGAAAACUUCGCCAUGACAAAGACAAAGACAUUGUGUCUAUAGCAGGAAAGUACUGAACAAAAUAUUAGUCCUGCAUUCAGGAUGGUGAUUCUUAAAGUAAGAUAGGAAUAUAUAGCAUAGUAACCUGAGGAAGGAGAUACU